GUUGUGGAACAAUCCAAACUAAUGGAGUUUUGUGACGCCAACUACGAGAACAACGACAGUACAUACGUACAUACAAUGAAGCUAGUAGAUGAACGAUGAGAACGACGCCAAACUUCCCCAAUUUGAUCCACUCUUCUGUCCAAUGAAGGACAGUUAUAUUGGGCUCUUGUCGUCGCCUACCACUAGAUUACAUUACUACUAUCCUUUAUUUCCCUCAAGCUCGAUUUGGAGGUCCUUCCUCAUUUUCGCCCAAUCGGCAAUGGAUUUAAUUCUAUCAGGAUGUGUUCAAUGAAGAAACGUGACCUUUUGGGACUUUUGCUCCUCGUGAAACUGUCCUUGGGGAACAUCAUCCUAACCCACAACGGACCUGGCUAUCGGAUCAAGUUCAAGGGUGAGAACAUCCAAACCAACACCCAUGGGGUCAGAUACAAUUCGUUCCGGGGGAUCCCAUACGCCCAACCUCCCGUGGGAGAACUCAGAUUCAGGGAUCCAAAGCCUCUCGAGUACGAGGGCAUCACUUAUGUGAAUGCCACGGCUUAUUCCAUGCCUUGCUCGCAAAUUGAUCUGACCAAAACCGAUGAGCUAAAGAUCUUUGGUCACGAGGAUUGCCUCACACUGGAUAUUCACACCCCAACCACGUGCACAGAUGCAUCAUGUCCAUUGAAACCGGUGAUGGUAUUUCUCCAUGGAGGCAGCUUCAGCAUGGGAACUGGAUCCCAUUAUGGACCCGAGCUAUUUAUGGAUCAACGCAAUGUCGUGCUAAUCACUCUCAAUUAUCGUCUCUCUGCCCUAGGGUUCUUGUCGUUGGAGAACUGGCAACUUUCUGGCAAUCAAGGACUCAAAGAUCAGCUGGAAGCCCUGAAAUGGAUUCAUUCUCAUAUUCGAACCUUUGGCGGCGAUCCAAACAAAAUCACUCUUUUUGGUCACGCUGCUGGGGCUCAAUCGGUCCAUGCUCAUUUGCUGACGAACCUUGGCCAAGGUCUGUUCCAAGGAGCGAUCUUACAAUCCGGAGCCAUGCCUAUACUGGUCCAUCCAAUGUUGGCCAAGCAAACCGAGCAAUCGAGUAGGACAUUGUUGAAGCUGUUGGAUUGCAACCGACAGUACAUGCAAGAUGUGAUGAAUUGCCUCCAGAACCGGAACUUAGAGGACAUCUUUGUUCAUCUCAUGCCCAAAUCAAACAUUAUGGAUGCUUUGACUUCCGCACAACGCGAGAACGAAGCUCCGGGUUUGGUCUUUGGCCCUGUGAUCGACACUUACGCUUUGGUGCCAUUUCUUCCUGACAAUCCGUGGCAGUUGAUGAUGGAGCAACGUUUCAAAAGGAUGCCCAUUAUGAUGGGAGCUUGUAAAGAUGAAGGCACGUUGUACGUCCCUUCUUUAUGGAACCGGAUAAACGAGGCGAAUAAUCUGUGGAACGACAUUUCCGCCAAAAUAUUUCUCUCUAAAGCGGGAAAAUCCCUCACUGACCUCGAGAAUACCGUGCUCAAUGUGCUGAAAAGAUACUACUUGGGGAAUAACUACGUGUCAAUGGAUAUGAAACAGGAUUUGCUGGAUAUCGUGUCUGAUGGACUGACCUUGUCGCCUUUGCACGAAACGGCACAAUCCUUCGUGUCGAGCAACGUCCCCGUUUACUUCUAUGAGCUCACACAUCGACCCUCGUUUAGCUACAGCCAAUUGUACGGGGCACCUUUUGGCACGAGAGACAUCGAUUUUGGGGUAUCGCACGGCGAUGAUCUCCUUCUCAUGUUCAAUGUCUCCUUCUUGAGGACCAUUAAUCCCAUUGAGACUGAAGGCGAUGUCAAGGUCUCGAACCAUCUACUCAAACUCUGGACAAACUUUGCACAACACGGUAAUCCUACGCCUACGGCAACAGACUCAUUCCCAUUGUGGAAAACUUUCACCAAUGCUCAGGAGCAUGUGUUCGAGAUUGGCGAUCAAUUGAUCUUGGACGAUCAGGCACGCUUCCAUGAUCGGAUGUUCCUAUGGCGUAACAUAUUUUGGAACACGCUCUUCAAUCGAACUCGAGCUGACCUCAAAAGAGUUGUGCCACUUAUUCCUCCUUCCUUGCCUCCACUUCAAACGAACCAAAAUAGUUUCGAUUCCUCAUCGUAUCAAGGCCAAGCAGUAUCUCCCAAUAACAACCCAGUCAAUCAAUUAUUCGGGGUUCAAGGCACAAGCAUGGUUCAAGCUACAACUCCUCCCUACUUGGCUUUGGAAGGUUAUCGCGAAUGCUUGGGGAAGGUACAAGAUGGAAGCGCACAGAUGUACUGCUUGCCCCAAAAUAGACCUGGAAUGUGUCCUAUGGAUACUUGGUACCGACUGCAAACCACUUUCCAAGGAGAUAGCUGUGAUGAUCGUGUGAUGAAUGCCCCCAACUCCGCUAGUUAUGGACCGCCUUCGUAUUUGUCGCUGCCAUACAGCGAGCAAUGCUUCGACAAAGUGAACGCGGGCCCUUCAGUGACCCGAUGCUUGCCCCCCGUUCGACCCCAUGGAUGUCCAUUCAAGACUUGGGAGACCAUAAAACGAACCUUCCCUGGGAAAUCUUGCCAGGAAUUGGAAAACGAGCUUCCCCCCAGUCCGGGCACAAUGCGAACCACAACCACUUCGACCACAGCCAGACCUCAAAACAUGGAGUACUUGAUGGUCAAUGGCUUGGACCGGUGCAUGGGAAUGCGCAACGAUGGGGGCCAAAUCCAUCAUUGCUUGCCAUAUCGCAAACCAGAGUACUGCGACUUCGAAAGCUGGAACAAGCUCCUCAAAACUUUUGAAGGAUCUCGAUGUGACGGUAGCAAGCGGGUCCCAGGAUCGAUUCAAGGGAGUGGCGUUCCCAACUACAUGGCCAUUGAAGGCCAUCGCGAUUGCUUGAAAUCGGUGCGCAAUGGUGCAGAUGGAGGCUUCAUUCCCUGUAAGCCAAGAUUGAAACCGACCUUUUGCUUGGAAGAGACUUGGCACCAACUUCAGCGCUCCUUCAAAGGCCGAACUUGUGCAUCGAGUUCCAACACGAUACGCAUCACUUCAGAGGAAUACGACGAUUGCUUGGGAUCCUAUCGAGCCGGUUUUCAAGGAUGGGAUUUGUGUGUUCCCAGAAAGAGACCAAAGUUCUGCUCCGACGAUGCUUGGAUCAGGCUCCAAUUCGAGUCCGAUAAGGAUGUUUGUCCUCAUCAAGCAGAUACGAUGAAUUUUGACUUUAUCAGCUGUCAAAGUGACAUUGAGUGUCCCAUUCAUCGUCGGAAGUGUUUUAGAAGUGAACUCCUUCGAAUCCAAGGAGUGUGUGUUCCCAAACGCUGCGAAGGCGACAUUGACUGUCCCAGGAUUGGUGGAAAUGCGGAUGGAACCUUUGUAGCUGGAUAUUGUAGGAACCAAUACGGCAUUUGCCACUACGACAGGAUCAUUGAAUCCAAGUAAUAAAAUACCCUCUCCUAUUUUCAACACGUUUAUACCUACAGCAUUUUAAGUAUAGAGCUAGAAAUAAAAUGGACCUUGUACUCACUUGAAAUGUGACCAAAACCUC